AGAAGCUGCUCCUGGCUGGUCUGGACAGGCCUCUCACACGCUGACCGAGAGGGCAGGAGGGUCCCAGGAAGCUGAUGGGACAUGUCUCAGGUUCCCAGUUUUCAGUGUGUGUGUGUGAGUGAGUCGUCAUAGGGUGUAUCCAGCAUGGGAUAAAAUUAGGCCGGGGCAGCCUUAUACUGCUGACGGAGCUGGGAAGGCCAAAAAAAGCCUGGGGUGCAAGCCAACGGUGGAAGCUCAGGGAAGAGAGGGGAGCAAGCAGCACCGCCACCGAAAUGGCCUCCAAACUCAUGGAUCUGGUGUAUUGGAGGAACAUGCGGUGGACCGGUGUGGUAUUUACUGGUCUGGUGAUGUGCCUGGCCAGCCUCUUCCAGCUGAGCGCCAUCACUGUGCUCUCUCACGUGUGCCUGGCCAUCAUGUGCACCACCGCCACGCUCCGUCUUUACUACAAACUACUGGAAGUGCUGCGCUGGAACCCUGGUGUUCACCCCUUCCAGUCGUAUCUGGAUUACGACGGCUCUCUGACCGAUGAGGAGACGGUGAUGCUGGUCGAAGAGGUGGUGCUGCUGGUCGCCUUUGCCGUCACAGAGAUUAAACGCCUUCUCUUCAUCGAGAACGUGAUAGACUCUAUUAAGUUUGUGUUGCUCCUCUAUCUGCUGACGUACGUGGGCAUCGCCACCAACGGGCUGACUCUGAUCAUAGCUGCUGUGAUUGCGGUUUUCUCCCUUCCUCUGUUAUACAAAAAACAACAGGUUCGGAUAAGGAAGGUUGUCAGAGCGUUCAGAGCGUUUGUGAAGAAAAUCAGAAAUCUGUUUGACAGUUUGUAUGAGAUGGUGAGACCCUCUGCUGCCCCUGCCUCCAAGCCUGCACCCCCAGCUGCUCCCGCCAUCAAACAGAAACCCAAGUCCAAGUAACUUUUUGGUUGCACACUGAAGGAAUUUGGGAUUUAGAAAGCGUUCGUCCUCUGUGGGGCCGCCGGUGGGGCUGCUCAUUUCCAUCUCUCCACUGUGAUUGUUUAUGGGAGCAAGAUUUAAUUGAUGCCGACAGAGAAAACAAAGCUGCCAUUCACACACAGAGAGGGACGGGCAGAGGAUGAAGUGGGAAAUGUUAUUUACUGAGAUGCUCUCUGUGGGCAACAUUAAUGUUACCAGUUUGCACUGUCAAUUUCUACAAAUGGUGACAAAAUAUACCUUCACAUACAUAUAUACAGGUUGCUUAUUAUCAAGCUCUAAACUUAAGUUUAAACAACUUUGGAAAAACUUAAAAAGCUAAUCACACUUUGCUUAGUUAGCAAAUUUAUUUUAAUCAGGCUCUUUUUUCUUGCUUUCAUAGUCGUUUAUCUUAAGAGUUCAUGUAAAACAAUGAUUUUCAGUUAAAGCACUAAAUCCGAGGGAUUAGUUUAAAUUAUUUUGUUUAGAAAAGUGAACUUUAUCGCUUCUGCUGUAACUUGUAGUUCACCGUUUGAACACCAGGAGGCAGUGCUGAAAACAAUGCUGACCGUCAGAUCGACUAGCUCUGAUUUACCGAAUAAUUUCGUGAGCAAAAACAACAACAAACAAAACUGCCGGUCGAGAACAUCUCGGUAAACAAACAAAUCCACUUAUACAAGACUUUACAUUUUAUAUAACUCUAAUUCCUGGUGCAAGAUCACUUCAUGUGGUCGUUUUAUUUCAUGUGAAUAUAUUUAUACUUCCAAUGCGGUCGUUUCCAUGAAUAUCCCACAGAAACCUUCCAGAAGAAGGACUAAAAUUGUUUAAGGUUUUUUUUAUUAUUAUUAUUGUUCAUAAUCAACACUUCUGCUUCAGUUAGCUGCACUCAUACUUUCUGAUCUCGACCAUCUGGACUUGUGGCGCUCCACUGGAACCCCACAGAUCCAGCUGGAUACCAGCUUGGAUCUCAAAACACUAAAGUCUUCAACUGUUUCACAUUUUGUCACGUUACAACCUGAGAUUUCUGCUUGUUUUAUUAGGAUUUUGAGAGACAGACCAACACCAAAUAGUGCAUAAUUGUGAAGUUGAAGGGAAACCAUACAAGGUCUCACAUGAGACCAGCAUUGAAUGCAAAAUGUAAACUCCAUCUCAAGGGUUACGCAUGUUGGUGGCAGCAUAAUGAUGUGGGAGUCGAGGGUGAAAUCUAAAAUGGAUUUGUUCAAAUCAAAGCAUAUCCAUGAAUGAGAAUCUGUGUUAACAUGUUUUUUUUUUUUUUUUUUUUUUUUGUCCAAUCUGGCUGAGCAAAAAAAAAAAAAGCUCACAUUUUGUUUCCUUUGUUGAUGUCAACUAUUUUAACAACCUUCUUCCACUUCAAAAUAAUGCACUAGUUUCUACUGAUCUCUAACGUACUGUAAAACACAUCGACGCUUGUGACCUGAAAAUUUUCACCCGUCUAAGUUGUAAACUCACUUUUAAGUCUAGUAAAUGUGGGGACUUUUCUUACUGACAGCUAGCUGCCAACACUGAGCCAGUGUGUGGGUAUUUCAGUGCAAUUUCCUCGUCAGAAACCCGCUUUAUGCAUAUCAAAUCAAUGUGAAAACGAAGCUGCACUCAAACUAUUGUGUCUUAAUGAGCUUAAAAUACAUACAGUGUGUAGUAUAUAUCUACAUAUAUUCAUAUGUACUGCAUUAACAUGAUCUUUUUUCUUUCUGUCAUCUCUUGUGAUGUGGGGAUGUAGAUCUGCAGACAUUUCGGCUCUCGGUGUUUUCACUCGUCUCGUUUUUCCAUCAGUGCUUUCCAUUCAACCUGCAUUUUCUUCACUUUUGGUGCCAUGGAAUAAAUAGAAAGUCCUGAAAGUUUGUUUGUGUUAAAUUGGUUUUACAGCAUGUACAAUUAUACACUGUAAAACUUAAUCGUGAUUUUCUAACAAUUUAAUCACUGCAGAUAUCAUCGCUGAUGUGACUUUUUUUUUGUUUUUGUUUUACAAUAUUUCUAUUGGUACUUACCAUUUGUAUUAUUUCCUACUGGAAUGUUGUUCCCCAAUAAAGAAAAGUAUUUGCUAUA